AUGCACGUUUUCUCCACCCUCCUGCCCGCUCUGGGCUUGUUAUCCCAGGUAUCUUCCGCCGCAUACACCCUGCGCGACGACUAUGGUGCCUCCGACUCGUUUUUCGACAGGUUCAACUUCUACACCGACACCGACCCCACCAAUGGCUUUGUGAAAUACGUUGACCGUAACACUGCCUUGAGCAACGGUCUCAUCAACACGGGCAACGGCGUCUACAUCGGCGUCGACCACUCCAACGUCGCCACCACGCCUGGUCGCCAAAGCGUCCGCCUGGAAGGUACCACUACCUACAAGCAUGGACUUGUUAUUCUCGAUCUGGCGCAUAUGCCCAGCAGUACAUGCGGCAGCUGGCCUGCCUUCUGGAUGCUCGGCUCCAACUGGCCCAACAACGGCGAAAUCGACAUAAUCGAAGGCGUAAACGAGCAAACCCAAAACCAAAUGGCCCUGCACACCAGCGACGGCUGCACAGUCAACAACACCGGCUUUACAGGAACCCUUGAUACAGCAAACUGCUACGUCCAAGCCCCUGGCCAAUCCGCCAACAGCGGCUGCUCAAUCCGAAGCGACAGCACCCAGUCCUACGGCACAGGAUUCAACAACGUCGGCGGCGGCGUCUACGCCACAGAAUGGACCGGCUCCGCCAUCUCAGUCUGGUUCUUCCCCUCCUAUGCCGUGCCCGGUGAUCUCUCAUCUGGAAAUCCCAACCCGGCGGGCUGGGGAACGCCCACGGCACGUUUUGCCGGCGGCUGCGAUAUCAACUCGCAUUUCAAUGACCUGCAGAUCGUCUUCGAUAUUACUUUCUGUGGAGACUGGGCGGGCUCGGUUUGGGGUUCGUCGAGUUGUGCUAGUCGUGCGGGAUCGUGUGUCGAUUACGUGCAGAAUAAUCCGACUGCUUUCCAGGAGACUUAUUGGCGUGUGCGGUCGCUGAAGGUUUAUCAAGAUUGGACUAUUUCCGUCGCCGGUGUGGAGGAUGAGGAGGUGGAUGCUGGUGUUGGUGUUGGUGUGGGUGUGGGAACUGAUGCUGAUUGGGAUCCCACAGGUUUGUUUGAGCGUUCUGAGCCUAAGACUUCUAUGAAGCAUCGUCGACAGCAUUAUCGUCAUGGGCAUGGACAUGGUCAUGGCCAUGCUUAG